CGCCGCCGCACACAUCACACUACAGCUCGUCGACGAACCGACACGACAGUCGUCGCGAAAGCACACACGCCGUCAGACGUCUCUCCUCUUGCAACAGCCUAACAUAAUAAUAUAUAUUAUAUAUAAUUAAAAACAAUAAUACGAUAACGCGAUCACACAUUGUACGCGAUCGCGCAGAAACCGGCGGCGACACAGUUUUUAAUAUCUCGGCACGGCGUCUCGUAUACACCGGUGAGAGGAGAGAAGGAAUACACUGUUUAUACAUACAGCACACACACACACACGCACACACACGGAGCGGACACUCUGCAGGACGACCGCGACGCCGGAAGAUGAUGUGCGUGGACAUUGGUGAAUUAUAGUGUGAUCGAUAUAUCACUAUAACACGAUAUACCGCUCGAUAUAUGGAACCGGGAGUAUCGUCGAACCACCGAAGACAUUCUCCAAAACGUUUCUUUUGGCGGACAUGAGCGGUUGAGCUUGGACGCUUUACACUCACAAACACGCACACGUCCCGUGCCGGAUAGAACACGAUUCGCGCACCCGACUGCAAGAGGAGCAGCGACAGCCGACUUCUCCGCACGAUCACGCGACAGAUAACAAUAUGGCAGCUUUUCAAUGGAUAACAGCCUUAACGGUGUUCCAACUGCUGACAAGCAGUUUUUGCCUGGAAAACGGUUUAGCCAGGACACCUCCUAUGGGAUGGUUAGCGUGGGAAAGAUUUAGAUGCAAUACCGAUUGCAAAAACGAUCCUGACAAUUGUAUAAGCGAGAAACUCUUUAGGACCAUGACAGACCUUGUGAUAUCCGAAGGGUACGCUGCUGUCGGCUACGAGUACAUAAACGUGGACGACUGUUGGUUAGACUUUGCAAGGUCGUACGAUGGUAGGCUACAACCUGAUGCCAAACGGUUCCCCAGAGGAAUGGCUGACCUAUCCGAAUACAUCCAUUCGCGAGGACUGAAGUUCGGAAUUUAUGAAGACUACGGUAACUUCACGUGUGCUGGCUACCCGGGAAUCUUGGGAUCUCUCGAAGUGGACGCGUUUACGUUCGCUGAAUGGAACGUGGAUUUCGUCAAACUGGACGGCUGUUAUUCGCUACCCAAAGACAUGGACCAAGGUUAUAGCGAAUUCGGCUACCACCUGAACAAAACUGGCAGAGCCAUGGUGUACUCGUGCAGUUGGCCAGUUUACCAGACCUACGCGGGAUUACAACCCAAUUAUUCGGCUAUAACAUCGAGAUGCAACUUGUGGAGAAACUUUGACGAUAUCCAAGACUCGUGGGCUAGCGUGGAGAGUAUCAUUGACUACUACGGUGACAACCAAGACAUUAUCGCUGCAAAUGCAGCCCCCGGACAUUGGAACGAUCCAGACAUGUUGAUCAUUGGAAACUUUGGUUUGAGCUACGAACAGAGCAAGGUACAGAUGGCCAUAUGGGCUAUACUCGCAGCUCCGUUGCUCAUGUCAGUCGACUUGAGGACCAUUAGACCCGAGUACAAAGCGAUAUUACAAAACAAAAAAAUCAUAGCCAUCGAUCAAGACAAAUUGGGAAUUCAGGGCCGCAGGAUUUACAAGCACAAAGGCAUCGAAAUAUGGGCUCGGCCGGUUACACCAAUUUUCGAGAACUACUUCUCUUACGCACUCGCCUUCGUCAACCGCAGGACUGACGGUACGCCGUCCGACGUGGCUGUGGCGUUGCAUGAAAUGGGUCUGCUGUCACCCACAGGAUACAGAAUACAAGAUUUGUACGAAGACGUCGACUACGGGGUACUGUCUCCACAGACAAAGAUCAAGGUCAAAGUGAAUCCCACCGGUGUGGUCAUAUUGAAAGCGGACGUCCAACAGAACUUGAUAAAGCAAAACUUCUACAAACCUUACAAUCCGUUCACGCAAGUAUAUCCGCUAAGGACGAUCAACGAUUUUGUGAAAAAAUGAAACCCGAAUCAUACCGACGAGACGCGCUGAUUCAGCAAUAAUAUC